UUCAUUCUAAUAUUUUUGCCCAUGGUAAUAAGAAAGUGAAAGUGAGUUCAUCUGUUUUCGUGUUGCGACACUGCAAUUGUUUGCUAGUUGCAGCAUAAUCGCGUAACCCCCAGCCAUCCCAUGGAGUUAGAGGUGAAGGUGGUGGGAGGCAUAGACUCCUGUUUCGUAUCCCUUCCCCUCUCUCUAAUCCAAACGCUUCACUCCAAACGCUCGACACCGCUCCCUGAACUUCUCGCUCUCGAGCUUCGCUCUCCCACUCACCCUCCGCACACCUGGUUCGUCGCUUGGUCCGGCGCCACUUCCGCUUCUUCCGCCAUAGAGGUUUCUCCUCUGUUUGCGGAGUGCGUUUCAUUGCCGAAUCACGCUAGCGUUCAAGUCAGAGCUGCUCCCAAUGUGCCGCACGCUUCUCUGGUCACGAUAGAGCCGCACACGGAAGAUGACUGGGAAAUCUUGGAGCUCAACGCCGACCAAGCCGAGGCUAAAAUCCUCAGCCAGGUCAGGAUUGUUCAUGAAGGGAUGAGGUUUCCUUUGUGGUUGCAUGGUCAUACUGUCAUUACAUUCCAAGUGGCUUCUGUUAUUCCGAAGAAUGCGGUGGUACAACUCAUGCCAGGAACUGAAGUUGCUGUUGCUCCAAAAAGACGCAAAAGAAUUUUGGAUCCAGCAGGAGAUUCACAUCUAGACUCUUCUAAUAAAGAGAAUACUGUUAAGAUGCUGCUUCGCUUACAAGAUCCAGAUGGAUUAUGCAGUAUCAGUACUCAUCUCAAAGGAGAUGAGUUUCGUGUAGGGCUUACUUCUAUUGCUUUUGUUCACCCAGAAACAGCCAAACAAUAUUCAUUCAACAUGCUUCAAUCUGUUUUGAUAGUACCCAGAGUAUCCAAAGAGAACGUUAAUGUUUCCAGAACCAAUACAAAAGCCAAAAGUGGUUCAGCUACGAAUGAAGUUGAGAAUGGAUAUAUCGACAAGACAGAAUAUCGACAAACAAUUGUUCAGCUGUUGAUUUCAGAAUCUGUGGCUAAAGGACAUGUUAUGGUAGCCAAGUCUCUUCGCCUUUAUUUGGGAGCUAGCCUACAUUCAUGGGUUUAUUUGAAGUCAUGUGAUAUCAUUAUGGAUAAAAGUAUUCCUUCUACCUUUCUUUUUCCUUGCCAAUUCAAACUGUCAAGGCAGGAGAAUGAUGUUGAGAAAGAUGGUCUAGAAGUUUUUCAUGGUCACAAGAAUCACAUUGAUGAAAAAUUGCAUGCAAAAGCUACUUCAGGUGUCUCUGGGGAUGCUAUAGAUUGGUCAAUCCAAAAUGAAGUAGUAGCAGCUCUCUCUGAUGAAUCCAAUUACAAAGGUGAGGAAGAGGCUACAAAUCUGUCUCAGAAUCGAAAGGGAUUACAGAGUCUUGUACGAUUAUGGUAUAUCACACAACUUAAAGCAAUUACUUCCAUUACGGGUAUGGAGGUUAGUUCAUUGGUUAUGGGAAACAAUACCUUGCUUCACUUUGAAUUAAGCUGUUACAAGCUUAGGAGUAAUGGGAAGGUUCAGCUAGCCUAUAAUUCUUCAGUGAACAGUGGCAAGGCGCCUGAAAUGUUGUUUCUAUUGACCUUUGGUGAAGAAUAUCUGCAUCAUGGGAAACUUAAUGCAUAUGAAGUUGCUCUAGGUGGAAGAGUCAAUAACAUCAAUAUUUUGGACCUGAAGCUUUUUGAAAGGAUAAAAUUAUGUGAUCCUUUGUCUAUUCAUUGUAUAGAAGAGAGAGCCUCUCAAGACCACAUUAGUUCAAAUGUAUCUUCCCUUGGCUGGAUGGAGAAAACAGCUGAUGAUGUUAUCAAUAGGAUGUUGAUAUUGUUAUGUUCUGCAUCUGGUUUGUGGUUUGGCUCACACAACUUACCACUCCCUGGACACGUUCUGAUAUAUGGACCUCCUGGCUCUGGGAAAACUAUAUUAGCAAGAACUGUGGCAAAAUCCCUUGAAAAUCGUGAGGACAUCUUAGCACACAUAAUUUUUGUUUCCUGUUCAAAACUUGCCUUGGAGAAGGUCCCAAUUAUUCGCCAAGAACUUGCAAACCAUGUGACAGAAGCGUUAUACCAUGCUCCUUCUGUUGUCAUCUUUGAUGAUCUUGAUAGCAUAAUUUCUGCCCCCGACUCUGAAGGAUCUCAGCCUUCAAUAUCUGUUGCUGGACUCACAGAUUUUCUUGUUGACAUCAUGGAUGAAUAUGGUGAGAAGAGGCGAAAAUCAUGUGGAUUUGGACCAAUAGCCUUCAUAGCUUCCAUACAAUCCCUAGAGAAGAUCCCACAACCUUUGAGCUCUUCAGGACGGUUUGACUUUCACAUAAAGCUGCCUGCUCCUGCAGCUUCUGAGCGCAAGGCUAUGUUGAAGCAUGAAAUACAGAGGCGUCACUUGCGAUGCGAUGAUGACAUCGUGCUUGAUGUGGCUGUAAAAUGUGAUGGUUAUGAUGGUUAUGAUCUGGAAAUAUUAGUUGACAGAACUGUCCAUGCUGCUGUUCGCCGUUUUCUGCCAUCUAAUGCUUCCAUUUAUGAGCAUGAGAGUCCUUCUUUACUAAGGGAGGAUUUCUCUCAGGCAAUGCUUGAUUUUCUUCCAGUUGCAAUGCGUGAUGUCACAAAAUCAGCAUCUGAUGAUGGCCGUUCUGGAUGGGAUGAUGUGGGUGGCCUUGUUGAUAUUCGAAAUGCUAUUAAGGAGAUGAUAGAGUUACCAUCAAAGUUCCCGAAAACUUUUGCUCAAGCACCUUUGAGGUUGCGGUCAAAUGUCCUUUUAUAUGGUCCUCCUGGUUGUGGCAAAACUCACAUAGUUGGUGCUGCUGCUGCUGCUUCUUCACUUCGAUUUAUAUCAGUGAAAGGGCCAGAACUGUUAAACAAGUAUAUUGGUGCUUCUGAACAGGCUGUUAGGGAUAUAUUCUCUAAAGCAGCUGCUGCAGCGCCAUGUCUACUUUUUUUUGAUGAAUUUGAUUCUAUUGCCCCCAAGAGAGGGCAUGACAAUACUGGAGUAACUGAUCGUGUUGUUAAUCAAUUUCUGACUGAGUUAGAUGGUGUUGAGAUUUUAACUGGUGUAUUUGUGUUUGCUGCAACCAGUAGACCAGAUUUACUUGAUGCAGCGCUGUUGAGACCUGGUAGGUUAGAUCGUCUUCUAUUCUGUGACUUUCCAUCUUGGCAUGAGAGAUUGGAAAUUCUUACAGUACUUUCUAGGAAGUUACCAAUGGCUGAUGAUAUUGAUUUGGCUACAAUAGCUAAUAUGACAGAGGGAUUCAGUGGAGCUGAUCUCCAAGCUCUCCUCUCAGAUGCGCAGCUUGCAGCAGUUCAUGAUGUUCUAGACAAUGUGGAUGCCUCUAGGCCAGAAAAAACACCAGUUAUUACUGAUGCUCUUCUGAAGUUCACAACGUCCAAGGCUAGACCAUCUGUCUCAGAACAAGAGAAGAUAAGACUUUACAGUAUAUAUCACCAGUUCUUGGAUUCAAAGAGAUCUGUUGCUGCUCAGUCGAGGGAUUCAAAAGGCAAGAGGGCAACUCUGGCUUGACAAUCAAGUAAUACUUCAAUUUGUUCAUGUGGUAGAAGCUGUUCUUUGAUAUUCCUUUCUCCUGAAGAUGUCUUCUCUGUUCAUUUGUACCUCCUUAAUAGUAAAUUUGUAUAUGAAUCGAUUGUAGUUCGGUUCAUCAUUUGUUGUAUUGGAUAAUGUAAAUUCUUAUAGAAAUGUUACGAAUAAAUUAAGAAAAGAGCAAUGUCUUCGCAAGUUAAA